CCCGCCUCUUAACCAAGGAAUGUGAAACUCACCUGCAGGUUCUUUCUUUAUUGACGAAUGAGAAGAAUGAGGAAGAAUUAAUGCCUUAAAUGACUCACCCAGCUGGAGGAACUUUAACCGUGCGCUUCAGUUGAAAUAUCUAGCCAUCUUCUUAUUCCUGACAUUGCUUUGAUAACAUAGCCCUAUUAUAACAUAGGCUACCUAACCCUCAACAGCACACACUACAGUUUACAAUGGGCGAAUGUUGUAUGUCCGAGGACAAAAUAGAACAACGCAGGAUACAUGCUGAAAUAGAAAGAAGGCUUCGUCGUGAUAAACAGCAAUCACACCGGGAAUUAAAGUUGCUUCUCUUAGGGACCGGGGAAAGUGGGAAGAGCACUUUCAUCAAGCAGAUGAGAAUCAUCCAUGGAUCUGGAUACACAGAGGCGGAGAGAAGAAGCUUUGCUCGUCUCGUGUUUCAGAACAUGGUCACUGCCAUCCAGGCACUGAUUAGCGCAAUGGGGAUGUUACACAUCGACUACUAUGACGGCAAUAACAUUGUCCUGGCGGAGAGGCUGAGCCAGCUCCAAGCAGGCCAGGUGUCUGCUCUGGAGCUCUGGCAGGUGGAGGCCAUCCGCAAGGUGUGGAGCGACCAGGGGGUCCGCAGAGGCUUCCAACGCAGGAGGGAAUUCCAGCUCUCUGACUCCGCCGAAUACUACCUGAGUGAUUUGGACAGAAUCACUGCUCCGUCGUACGUCCCCACGCUGCAGGACAUUCUACGAGUCAGAGUGCCCACCACGGGUAUCAUAGAGUACCCCUUUGACCUGAAGGUUGUUCUGUUCAGGAUGGUGGAUGUGGGAGGCCAGCGCUCGGAGCGGAGGAAGUGGAUCCAUUGUUUUGAGUCCGUAACCACCGUUAUUUUCCUUGUUGCCCUCAGCGAGUAUGACCAGGUCCUCUUUGAAAAUACGAAGGAGAAUCGACUGGAAGAGAGCAAAGCUUUAUUCAGGACUAUUGUCUCCAACCCCUGUUUCCAAGAGACCCACUUCAUCCUCUUCCUCAACAAAACAGACCUGCUGGAGGAAAAGAUCCCACAUUCCCACUUGGCGGACUAUUUCCCCACGUUCAGAGGGCCCCGGGGAGACGCUGCUGAAGCCAAGAAGUUCAUCCUACAGAUGUAUACGGACCAGCACGCCGACCACAUGAAGACCCUCUACCAUCACUACACCUGCGCCACAGACACGGAGAACAUCCGACGGGUCUUCGUUGACGUCAAAAACAUUGUCAUGGAGAUCAACUUCAACCAGUUCAACUUAACAUAGUGACUGAGAAAGAUUGGGAGUCGUCUUUUGUAUGUUUUAUUUUUUUGGGUGGGGGGGGGGGGGGGUUGUGCAUUCUGUUGCAGAUAACAGAGUUCUUAUUACGUCUUCCGCUAUGGUAGCUGACAACAUGCCAAAACCUGAAGCCAGUCAAUGAUAGAAGUUAUGACCUCCCAGGUGGCUGCUGCUGAGUCAGCUUUAUCUUUCUUGUUUAGUUAAGUUACUAAUGUGAAAUGAAUGUAGUCAUGUUUGAUAAUGCAAAAGUCUCAAAGGAUCUCCAAUAGCUAAUUGGGGCUUACUGGACUUCGAGGUUGCUAUGUCGUGUGACAUAUUACUUCACUGUCCAAUCGCUUAGUCAGCUAAUUCCGAGGAGAUAAGGAUGCACCAUACUUGCCUUAAAGACUUCUCUUCUUGGCAGUGUAUAUGUAGGGUAUAUACUUCCUUCCUGUGUUCCUUAUAAAUAUUUAUUAGAGGAACUAAAAUGUAGUACAAUUAUAUUUAGAGCACUUUUGCAGAAACUUUUAUCCAAAGCGACUUAAAAUAAGUACAUUUGUCAGGAGAAAGAGAAACAAAAUUGUAUUGCUGUCGUAAGGAUGUUCAUACAACAAGUGCCAAGCACUUACAUAGCUAGGAUAAGAUGCUACACGAUGCCAAGUUCUAUUUUUCAGCAUCACAAAAUACAAUAGUCAAAAAGUGCCAGGACGAACAAUAAAAAGAAGAAUACUCGUUAAAGUAUUUUAUAAGUAGGUGUUUUAGGACGGGAGAUUCAGUUUAGAUUAUUUUCCUUUUGCUUUAUGAUCAAAUGUAAUGGUUGCACAUUUUUUUACUUUAUCAUUUAAUAAAUAUUUUAACAAUUCA